AUGGCGGAGGGUGGAAGGAAAGGCUUUGGGGAGGCAGAAACGGCCUAUUGGAUCGGGAAUGACAUCAUACACCUGUUCACUAAGAACAUUAACACUUACCUGUAUGUGUCUAUCACACUUAACAACGGUACAAAGUAUUAUGAGAUAUACGACCGGUUUUCUGUGUCUGAUGAAACAGACAAGUACCGACUAUUUCUUGCAGGACCUGUCCAGGGAACAUUAGGUGACCGGAUGUUGAACACAGGAGUAGGUGAUGCUGAUAUUUCCGGUAUGUUCUUCAGUACUCCAGAUCAUGACAAUGACGACACAGGAUCCUACGACUGUGGCGCCACCUACCGAGCAGGGUGGUGGUUUAAUUAUUGCCACCACGCCUUGCUUAAUGGACGUUGGUAUCCACAGUACUGGUAUCAGCCAUGGUUUCCGAUCAUUCCUGAUGGAACGAAUGUGAAUGAGACAUUAAUGAUGAUAAAACCCCACUAA